AUGUUUAAUUUAACUUUAUCCGGUAUAUCUUAUUUCAUUCUUGAAAAUUAUGUGUAUGUAGGAACUUUGAGAUAUUUUUAUUUUAUGAUAACUAUGUUUUUAUACAUUGUUAUUGUUAUUGUCAACGUAUUUCUGAUUGCUGUUAUCUGUAUGAACAGAAGCUUACAUGAACCUAUGUACCUUUUUCUGUGCAGCCUGUUUGUAAAUGAACUGUAUGGUAGUACAGGGUUGUUUCCAUUCCUUCUGGUUCAGAUCCUCUCUGACGUUCACACUGUUUCUGCUCCACUUUGUUUCCUGCAGAUUUUCUCUUUGUAUUCUUAUGCAAAUAUAGAGUUUUGUAAUUUAGCCAUCAUGUCUUAUGACAGAUAUCUUGCUAUCUGUUAUCCUCUACAAUAUAGCACUCGUUUGCCAUCGAACAAGGUGUGUAUCUUUAUUGUUGUGAUAUGGUUGUAUUCCUUUGUUAGAUGCAUCAUCAAUCUAUCCUUACAUUUUCGUUUGACAUUUUGUGGAAACGUCAUUAACAGUCUAGUUUGCACUAACUACCUUGUUGUUAAGUUGGCGUGUUCUGAUACUGUAGUGAAUAACAUUUAUGGAUUGUUUGGUGUUGUUCUCUCUAUUUUAGUCCCUCUGCUUCCAAUCCUUUACUCUUACAUGAAGAUUCUUAGAGUUUGUUUCUCUGGUUCUAAACAGACCAGACAGAGAGCUGUCAGUACCUGCACACCUCACCUCACUUCUCUGCUCAACUUUUCUUUUGGCUGCUGCUUUGAAAUAGUUCAGAGUAGAUUUGAUAUGACCAGUGUACCCAGAGUACUGCGUAUCAUCCUGUCACUGUAUUUUCUCAUCAUACAGCCACUUUCGAAUCCUAUCAUGUUUGGAUUGCAGAUGUCAAAGAUACGGAAAACAUGUAAACAAGUCCUUUGCUAUAAAAUGUUGACCUUUCGCAGAUAUCCGAUGUUGACAUAA